AUGACCCUUCACUUGCAUAACACCAUAGAUUUAAAUUUUCAGACAGGUCAUUCUACUCAUCUUCUAGUUGCAAAAAAUUACAAUACAGAUAAAGCAAUGAUGCAAAACAAUACAAGUGUCGAACACGACAAUGUUGGUCAAAAGAGACAUGGUUCGAAUUCAUAUAAAUAUUUACAACCAGGGAUAGUAAAAAGACGGUUGGCAGGAAAUAACAAUGGAGACAUUCACAUACAGGAAUCGAGUUCAAACUUUGAUCCUAAAUAUUCCUCUUUCGCAUAUUCAAGAAAAGAUCCAAUCAACUUGACAACAGUGGAUGCUCCGUUCAUCGAUCUCCGUCCCUACGUAACAGAGAACACUCCAAUUGCAUCUCCUAAACGUAAUGCUAUUAAAAAACAUCAAAAUAAUAUAGCAGUCACGCCACAACAAUCAUUGGUAGGUAAUGAUAUCGCCACGCUUUUGUCAAUGGAUCAAAAAGUUCUUUCAAAUCCAGAGAUUUUGAAAGCUACUGAACCGAUUAUAGAUGACUCCAUGAUUAAUAACAUCAGUCUUAAAAAUUCACUAUCAAGGGAAAGGAGUCUAAAUCCAGGUGUUAAUAAUAUCGAAGACAUUUUUAAAAUUGCUGCAUCCAAUUUCCCAAGUCCGGAAAAUGAAACUAUGAUAAUGAAUAAUAUUAAUAUAAACUCAACUACUAAAAACGGUAUGGCGCAGAAUAAAAUAUAUUCCAACGAAAGCAUCAAUAAAUUAAACAGAAAAUACAAUGAGGAACUGUUACCGUACAGCAUUAUAGAUAAUAGUUCAGAAAAUCAAAAGUCAUUAAAUAUAAAUAAUAAUGAUUAUCGUGGAAAUGGAAGUGAUAGUGGGCAAAUAAACAAUUUCGAUUAUAAUACUGAUAAUAAUGAGACUAUUGAUAAUGAUAACGGUAACAAUAAUCAUAGUAAUGAUAGCAAUAUGAGAAAUAAUGUCAAUAAUAGUAGUACCGGAACUCAUAAUGAUGGAAAUGGAUCAGGAAAUAAUAAUAAUAACAACAUUAAUAAUAAUAGUAGUAGUGAUGAAAACAAUAACAACAACCCAGAAGAAAACAAUAAUAGUAAUGGCAACAAUAAUGAAAUACCAUCUGUUUCAGUGCCGUUAAGGAAAUCAAGUCAGGUACUUGUACAAAAAUUACAGGAUAUUUAUAAGACUAUCGUCAAACAGGAAAUUGAGCUGCAAGAAAGAUGUGGACGAUUAACCAAUUCUCAAACAACUGAACUAAAAAACUUAUGGACAAUAUAUAGAGUGAAUUCAGAGUUAGUUGACAAUUAUAUCACAUUUAUUACUACCGCAAUCCAUCCAACACAGCCUGAGAGUGAUCAACAAAUAGGGAAAGAAAUCAUAGAAAUAUACAAGAUUGAACGAAGACUAUGGGUGUAUGGUACAAUUACGUUUCUCGAUUUGCUGAAAAACUUUUCUAAUUUUAUGGACCCGGAAGUCUGUUGCCAAUUUAUAUUCCAUGUUUUUAUUUCAAUAUCGAAUAUGUUAGCAGACAUUCCUCAAAAAUAUAGAGUAUCUUGGUACCAAAAAUUAGGUGAUUUAUCUCGUAUGGCUAUUGCAUUAUAUCCAUCCAACUUUAUUGAUUGGAAAUUAAGUGCUGAACGUUGGUACAUGGCUGCAAUGGAAUUUACUUAUGGCCAUGGUAAACUAUAUUAUCAUAUGUCGACAGUGCAGCAAAACACGUUGGAAGCCUUUGUAAACUUAGGAAAAAGUUUAUUCUGUAAAAAUACAUUUGUACCUUCACAACAAUACCUGCAAUUGGUUAUUGGAAAUAUUUAUCAGAGAGCUUAUGCAGACAGCAACAAUUCAAAUAAUGGUAGAAAUGACCAACUGCUGGUUGACUAUAUUAAACAUUGUGAAGUUACACUUCUACCAAAUUUUAAGGAGUCACAAGAACUACAACAAGUUGUUUUAAUGUAUUUUAUAGAUAAAUUUGGUGUUGAUUACAAUAAUAGCAGUAAUAAUAUGUUCAUAUCAAGGAAAAUGUUUGUUCAAAAUAAUGACCAGUUUAAAUGUUUCUAUCGCUAUUCAGCUGCUUUUGCAGAAUCACAAAUUUUACAAAUUGUUGGUUAUGGUAACCUAAAGUCACCAUUUUCUUUAUUAUUUGAAUUACCAAAGUAUCUAAAAGAUCGCAAAGAGAAAAAGGAAAAAAGAAAACCAAAGACCAUGUUGAUAUUGAAGAUAACUCAGCCACGACUUUAUCAUCGAUGGGUGGGGACGACACUUCCAACUAUGCCCAAUAAUAAUGUAUUUUUGACAGCUGAAGAAUUUUUUGAGAAUAUUGAUACAAUAAAUUAUCCUUCUUUUAUGCCAAAUAGCGUCGACAUCUGGAAUCAUUCUUUACAAUAUGCUAACCAUGUUUCAAUAAAAUGCAGUAUGAUCGUCUGGAAGAAAUUUUUACAUGCCCCAUUUAUGAUAGCAUUACCACACACGUUACCUUGGUGUUACUUUAUAAUAUCAAUCGUUCUACAGUUAGAUAAACAUAAAAAUGUAGCAAUGAACGAAUUUUGGGUUGAGUUUGUAAGAAGAAUAUUCCCAUGGAAUUCUAUUGUCAAAUUUUUAAAUGUUCUAUUGGCAUAUAUGGUUGAUAAUUGUUGGGAGCAAUCAAUUCUCAAUGAGUUGUGUCCAUUUUAUAAUAGUAUGUCACUUGAUGAGUUAUUAACCUAUUUCAAUGAAAACGAAGAACUCCCAGAAGUAUGGAAAUGCAGAGGCUCCCUAUGGUUUGAUACUAUUAUGGAAAAAUCUAAUUUGAAUAAAGAUAAAAAUCCCGAAGUUAUUAAUGGAAGUGAUUUCAACAUCAAUGAUUAUAAGGGCAAUGGUGUUAAAGAUUAUAAAUUCUUUGACUUCCCUAUAGAUGGUACCGAUUUUGAUGAAUCUGAUGAAAUUGGUGAACGUUUCUGGAAAAGAGCCGCUAGAGUUAUAUUCUUAUUUAAGAAGUUAGCAGAAAGUUAUACAGGCCUAGGUGGUUUGAUUCUUAGUUAUGAGGCUCCUGUUUUCAAUAGGAGAAAAGAUGAAUAUAAAGUAAAUACAGUUUGUCAAGAACUACUUGAAUUUUCUUUUAAGCUUAAUGCAAGCAGUGAUGGCGUCAUGUUAGAUGAUAUUAUUGAAAGUUUCGAGACUCCUGAUGAGGUGAAUUAUGACACCCAUAAAACCCCUAUGUUAAGUAUGGUUGACGGAGAUAGCAUUUUUGAUUAUGUUGGUUAUAAGAGAGUUUGUCCAAAUUUCUAUUCGUUCGAUAAAAAUGGUGAUUUCAUAUCAACUUCCUUUUUCAAUUCAUGGAGCAUAAAGAAUUUAACAAACGAGUUGUCUCGUAAUACUUGUUCUAGUAUCACAGACGAUGCAAUUUCCUCAGGUUCUGGUAAUGAUUCGGCGGCCGCUUCAACUAACAACGAUCCAAUGAAUGAAUUGUUAGUGUUUAAUGAAUGUUUCGAUCCAAAAUAUAAAACUUUAGAAGAAUUCUGGUCCCAAGAGAUAUAUCCUGAUUCACAAACCAAUAUAUCACUGCAGGGCAAAACUUAUUUUAUCCUGGAUGCUACUUCUUGGUUGAGACAUUUUGCACAUAUCUACAAGAUUGCAACUAGUAAAAUAUUAAAAUUUGCUAUUUGCUUAACUACUUUCCAAGAAUUAAGAUAUCUAAGAAAAUCUAAGGAUCACAAUGUUGUGGAAGCUGCCACUAGGGCAAUCAUCACUUUAAGGCAAUUGUAUCAUGAAAAUAAUUUAUUACCAUUGAGAUUUACAGGUAAUGUUGCCACUCACAUUGAGGAACACUUAGAAUUUGAAGAACAAAUUACAUGGAGAUCUCAUGUUGACGAAUUUGUUAUCGAAGCCGUUCUAAAAGCUGAAGAGAAGAGAACGGAUAGACUGAACGAUAUAAACAUGGAUACCGAUGAGAAAGAGAAAAGCAUAUUCGGUAUUAUUUUGGUAACUGAUGAUAUUACAAUGAAAAAUAAAGCAAUGGACAGAAAGAUCAAAACUUUCAGUACGAGAUUUAUCUUCUCUAUGGCUAAUUAUAUUAGAACGAUGGAAGAAGGUCAUAAUAAACUAGCUAUUAAUUAA